AGAGUGAGAGAGUGAGAGAGAGAGAGAGAGAGAGAGAGAGAGAGAGAGAGAGAGAGAGAGAGAGAGAGAGAGAGAGACGUUUUCUAAUCGGUGACUGAGGGGAGGCGGGACAAGAAAGCUCAGUGUAAUGCGAUAGCUGGGCCGCUCAGAAAUGCUAUCACACACAUACUGACUCACUCACUCACUCGCGCUCUCGGAUACAUCCACACGCGCUGCCACAGAUCAGCGCGAGCACAGCAGUGCGCAUCAACACGCUUCUGUGCGCUACACCAGUUCCACUCCUGUCCGGCAGUUUGGACAAAACUUGGUGCCUCCCGAGUAUGACUGAAUUACUUACUAGAGUAAGAAGAUAGCAGAACAUUUAAACUCGGUGGGCAGCGUGUUUUAAGCGGACGGUUAAGGGAGAGAGCCCUGCUGAAACCUCUAGGCUAUCAAACCAUCGAAGACCGAUAAGGCAAUGGAGCGCAAUAACGCAUGCAAAUCCGUGACGGCGUUAUAACGGAAUACAAGUGAAGACCUCUAAUUUAGUCUUAUUUGGGGGAAAAAAGGCUGUUUCAUGACAAAGUAUGACUUUAUGAAUACAUGAAAAAGAUCAUGUCAGGCACAGUUUGUAUUUGCUGUGCGCAAUUGGCUCAACAGAACUGCAUUUGAAUAUGAAAUUCUGAGCACUACAAAGACAAAAGGCUUAUUUUUUUUAUUUUCUCAGUCUGUGUUAACGCCGUUUGUUCUUUGAAGAAGAUCACUAGUUGAACACGGGUCACUUCUUCAGGACAGCGCAUUUUUGAAAAGAUGGAUUUCUGGAUAUUUCACCAUGGGAUUGCAUUUAUUUUUUGCUUCGUUCUGAGAGUCAGCGCAAAAGAACUUGAGACAUGCGGAGGCCAGCUGGAUGCCAGUAACGCGGGUUACAUCACAUCUCCAGGAUACCCUCUGGAAUACCCGCCCCAUCAGAGCUGCCAGUGGGUGAUCAGCGCACCCGAACCCUUGCAGCGCAUUGUGCUUAACUUCAACCCCCACUUUGAGCUGGAACGUCUGGAUUGCAGGUAUGACUUCAUAGAGAUUCGAGAUGGGAAUUCUGAGUCCGCGGACCUGUUGGGAAGGCACUGCAGUAAUAUUGCACCUCCUGCCAUAAUUUCCUCGGGUCCAGUCAUCCACAUCAAGUUUGUGUCUGAUUAUGCACACCAGGGUGCCGGUUUCUCCCUGCGCUAUGAGAUCUACAAAACUGGAGCCGAGCACUGUUUCCGUAAUUUCAGCGCUCCAACCGGAGUGAUCGAGUCUCCUGGUUUCCCUGACAAGUACCCUCAUAAUUUGGAGUGCUCCUUCAUCAUCAUCCCUCCUCCUCAGACGGAGGUCACACUCACCUUCCAGACCUUUGACCUGGAAAAUGACCCUUUGCUGUUGGGGGAAGGAGAAUGCAAGUAUGACUGGCUGGAAGUUUGGGAUGGCCUUCCACAAGUGGGACCCCUGAUCGGACGAUACUGUGGGACGAAGAUCCCUCCAGAGAUCCAGUCUUCCACAGGUCUUCUGUCGCUUUCCUUCCACACUGACAUGGCUGUGGCCAAAGAUGGUUUCUCUGCCCGCUUUAACAUGACUCACAAGGAAAUUAGUGACACAUUUCACUGUAGCAAUGCAUUUGGAAUGGAGUCUGGGAAGAUAUCUGAUGAUCAGAUUUCGGCCUCCACCUCAUUUUAUGAUGGUCGCUGGCAGCCCCGUCAGGCUCGUCUGAACAACGAGGACAAUGCCUGGACGCCCAGCGAGGACAGCAACAAGGAAUACAUACAGGUGGAUCUUCAUUUCCUCAAGGUUCUGACCGGGAUUGCUACCCAAGGAGCCAUUUCCAAGGAGACCCAGAAGUCCUACUAUAUCACCACCUUCAAACUAGAAGUUAGCACUAAUGGAGAGGACUGGAUGAUCUAUCGGCACGGCAAAAACCAUAAGUUUUUCCAUGCAAACACUGACCCAUCUGAGGUGGUUUUGAAUCGUAUUCCUCAGCCUGUUCUGGCCCGCUUUGUUCGUAUUCGACCACAGACAUGGAAUAAUGGCAUUGCGCUCCGCUUUGAGCUUUAUGGCUGCCAAAUUACAGAUGCUCCUUGUUCAGAGCUCCAGGGAAUGCUGUCCGGCAUCCUCCCUGAUUCCCAGAUCUCAGCCUCCUCGGUGAGGGACCUUCACUGGACCCCUGGAGUAGCACGUCUGGUGGCCAGUAGAUCAGGAUGGUUUCCCGGCCCUGCCCAACCUAUAGCAGGAGAAGAAUGGCUUCAGGUGGACCUUGGGACACCCAAGACUGUGCGUGGAGUGAUAACUCAAGGAGCAAGGAGUGGGGAAGGAGGAACCAGCUCAGAGAACCGGGCUUUCAUUCGGAAGUAUCGUCUAGCACACAGCCUGAAUGGAAAAGACUGGAACUUUGUAAUGGAUAGCAAGACUAGCAUGCCCAAGCUUUUUGAGGGGAAUACACACUAUGACACCCCAGAGCUGAGACGUUUUGAGGAACUGGCGGCACAGUUUAUCCGCAUCUAUCCAGAGCGCUGGUCUCCGGCAGGGAUCGGAAUGAGAAUGGAAAUCCUGGGUUGCAAUCUGCCAGAAACCUCCACACCAGCUGUAGAGACAUCCAAACCAACUGAACCAUCGUCUGUAGAAACCACCACAACGCAGAAACCCAGUCCAGUUACUAGCGCUGCCCUGCCGUCCCAGAAAGGACUAUGUGAUUUUGAGCAAGGAUUGUGUGGUUGGACCCUUGACCCGGAUUCUGACCUCAGCUGGGCGCUACACAGCUCUAGCAAAAGCACUGCCUUGGGUCAGAGUCAAGAUCUCUCCAUGGGCUCAAACAGUUUGGGAAACUACCUGUACAUUGAGGCCAGUCCCGAGACGGUGGGCCAGAAAGCCCGGCUGUUCAGUCCCAGUGUGGAUCCCGACACCGGACCUCUCUGCCUGAUGUUCUCCUAUCAGUUGGAGAAUCAGGGAACACUGAGGGUCCUGCUGCAGAAUAAAGACCAAGAAGAAACCCUCCUCUGGUCCCUCCGUGGAGACCAGGAGCCCAUUUGGAAAGAAGGACGGACCAUCAUACCUCGAUCGCCAAAUGAAUUUCAGGUGGUAAUUGAAGGAUUCUUUGAGGGGACCAACGGCCACAUCUGGAUCGAUAACAUCCACAUGAGUGUUAACACACCACUGGAAGAGUGUACUCAGCCUUUUGUCGCGUUCCCUCCAGACAUGACCGGGGGAGCCCUACCUGGCAAGAGUGAGCCAACAAUAGAUACGCUGUCAGUACCACCUGUUUUGCCCAACUGGUAUUACAUAAUGGCUGGUGGAGGAGCCAUCUUGUUCCUGGUCAUUGUCAUUGUCAUGGCCGUUAGCUGUCGCCAUCUUACAGCCAGGAGGAACCAACCCACAAUGGCCUACUACAGCCCCCACAGUGCACAUUACCCGAACGGCGGCGUGCAAAGGGCAGGGGUGACACCCAAGUUGACUGUAUGGGUUGAGAAGGGCGAUGGGAAUUCCUACUGGUGAGACACCAGGACUAAAAGUUUGAAAGUUUGCCUGCAAAUGGCGACUUCAUGAUGGAAGUCCUCGAUGAAAGCAGAUUUCAGACUUGGAGGAGAACCUCAAAGAACACUCCCAGAUGCUUGGAUUCGGAUGCAUCCAGAUGAACCCAACACUUCAAUUUUUCUGCUUCCUCGUUCUGUUCCUGUUCCUUUCUUUCUUUGAUACUGACAACCCUGUCUUAGUGUGCUCAGCUUGUUUACCACAUCUAGCCAGCUCAUACUCAUCUGGAGGGACCUUCUUCAAAGGCGAAUUUGUAUCCAGCCUAAUGAUGGACGCCAAGCCAAGAGGAAGUGUUAUCCACUGACCUAAAUCACUGAUCCUGGACUGACUUUGAUCCAGUGUUACUAUACUUAUGUUAAAUCAAUGUGAUUGGACAAGGUCAGAACAUUGGGGAGUUUAGAGCUGUUGUGGACAUGCCACAAUGUUUGCACUUUGACUAGUCCCUGAGAUUGAUUACGAGUACUUUACCUUAUUAUAGCAGAACAUGGGAACAGACUUUUGGUGAAAGAGAGAACAUGAAGCUUUCAGAUAAAUGAAAGCAUACAGACGGAGGCUCCAUUACUGAGAAUGUGCUUCAUGGCACUUUUUGAAUACAACGCAAGCAUGAUAUAAUUAGCAAUAAGGGAAGGUGAAGUACUGCAUAAAAGGAUUCUGCAUGUAAACAUCUUGAGUUAAUUCUGAUAAACUGAGAGUCUACCAAAGAUGAUAUAAACAUAUACGCUGUCGUGAUUGAACAGUGACUUUAAAGUCAACCUGAAAUCAAAAUUGAGUUUCUUCACACAACUUCUUGGUCUUAUUGUGAAUGACUGAUCAGUGCAUUGUUAUUAUAAAGAGAAAAAAUGUUUGUGUAAUGAGUUUCCUUUUUCCUCUGUUGUUGCUUAGAUCAUGCCAAUUAUUGGUUAAUACUAUUGGUUACACUUGUUUUAGGCUGCACUUGUAAGUAAUACAGCCUUCCUAAAACCAUAUCAAUGGAUUAAUGUCAGUUGUCAUUAACGUAAUAAAGAGUGCUUUAGUAUUUCCAAACAAAAAUAGAUUUGACCAGUAAAUGUAGACAUUGGGAUUCCCAAUUAAAAAGCAUCUUUUUUUUUUUCUAUUUUCUUUUUUGGAAAUACAUCAUGAAACUAAAAGGCAUAGCAAAUGUUCUUUCAUGUUGACUUUAAAGGCAUGGUUUCAAAUCAGUGUGCUUAACUUAAAUGAAGGGAUGGCGCCACCAAUGAGAUAAGAGAAUCAUGUUUUGUGUUUGCUUCUGUGCUCUCUGUGUCAGUAUCUUGGCUAUUCCUUUCUAUCUUGCAUUUCCCACAUUUUUUCCCAAAGAUGCCCCAAAACUGUGUUGGCGUGGGUAAUUCUGAGCAAAUUCUUGCUGGUGUGGAGGCUCCAAAAACAAGUCCCAUAAAAAAAGACAGCAAUUUCCUUUUUCCAUCUCCAUGCGUUGAGGAAGCACUGAGCACUGGGGUGGGAGAGAACUUGUGCAGAUAUCAACACCUGGAAGCAAUUUUAGUUCAUUGAAGCAUCAUGAUGCUUCAAGAAUGAUUAGCAGUAAAUGCAGUCCAAGACUGGCAUAUGCUUUUUCAUAACCAUGUUGAAUCAUUCACUGAAUUGAGCUGUCAUUCAAUUUUAUAGGUUAUAAUAAUCAGUUCUGUAUUAGGUGAGCACCACAAACAUACUGUGGCAGUACCAUUUGAUUAUCACAUGCACAUGCUGUAGUAUUUAAACAGUACUCCAAGGUAUUACAGUAGUACAAAGCAGUAUUAAAGGAAUAGGUCACCCCCAAAUGAAAACUCACUGUCAUGUUAUUCCAGACUUACAUGAUGUUCAUACUUCUGUGGAACACAAAAGGAAAUGUUCUGAAGAACGUUCAUGCCGCUUCUAUUAUGGAAGUGGUAGUGGCAAAACAAAAUCUCAACGUAGAUCAUAAAAGUAGUUUGUAUGAAUAGAAAUCAUCUGAAGUCAUUCAUUUUGUGUGAGUCAGAAUAAAGUUAAACGCACAGGUUUGGCAUGACUUUAGGAUGAGUAAAUAAUGACAGAAUUAUCAUUCUCUUCUGAACUGUGUCUUUAAGGACAUCCAGCAGAUCUAGAAUAAGGACUAAAAGCUUUAAGAAGUAUAGAGCUUUUCAAAAUGGAACUACUUUAAUGCCAUUUCCUGCUGUGAGGUGGUAAGGGAUGUUUUUGGCACCGUCAUGCAACGUGCUUUUAAAGCAAGCACUUUAUCACUCUUUUCUUUCCUAAACCGUGUCCCCCCUUCUUUAUUCACUCUUAAUAUUUUUUAAUUAGUUAAUGGACCAGAUACCAUUUAUUAAAGCUGCUAUAGGUGUUCUGUCUCCUGCCCCGUGUCUCUCGUCGACACGGCCAAAUAGCCAUUCUUCUUGGGCUCUUAAAUGCAUCACAUAUACUGAACCGAGAAGCUUCUGAUAAAGCAAAACAGCCUAUUUUUCAUAGACCAGAGGAUUUAGGUAAUGAUGAUGUCAUCUCAGGGGUUGUCGAACAGUCUACAGAGUUUUUCCUCUAAGAUGGGAUAGAUGGGUGGAAGAGAUUGCUCACAAUGGAUCUAGUCAGGCUACCAUCUUCACAUCUGUGAGGCGUGAGCUCUCACAUUGAUUUCUCUGCUUUUAGACACAGCGGGCUCCGACUUGGACAUAUUUGGAACAAAACGACCUGAUUCAUAAAGCUAUUUGAAAGUUAUGGGCCUUUUAUUGUACUGCAAAGCUUACUUAGGUGGUGGAGGUGGUGGUGAUUUUUCUGAUACAAACUAUGAAUUUAAUUAUAAUGAUAAUGAUGAUGCACUUUGCUUUAUAAAAGUACCUUCUAACUGUGGUCAGCCUAUACCUCAAACUUUGAAAUUAGUAAAUUGUUUAAAAUGCGAAUGUGAACAGAAUAUUUUUGCUUGAAGAAUUUGUGUCCUGAAAAACCUGCUUUUAAAAUAUGACAAUAAAAUAUUAUUUUUCUAAUCGUCAUUUCUUUUUAUAUCUAUUUAUAUCAUACUUUUAUGUCUAUUGUAGAAACAAAAGAUACUUGCCUAUUUUUGCUGCCAUAUUUGUGUUCCUUUAAUCUGUAAAUGCUGGAGUGCUUCAAUUAGUAAUUAUGUAGGUCACACAAUACUAUUCUCUGUACUCUGUGAUUAUGUUACAUAUCUUGUGUCCCUUUAAAAAUUUAUGAUUUAACUUUAAGUCUCAAAAUAUACUUAUACUAGAUUAUACUCUUUAUACUCUAUACUAGAUUUCACACAAGUAUGUGAAUGCAAACACUUCGAGUUGAACAAACUUUCACAAGUCAUUGUGUUCUCAGAGUUGUCACUAUAGCAAGAGUUAGUGUAAAUUAUCAAGUUAGUUAGCUGUAAAGUCUUGACACGUUUAUAGCUAGUUAUCUGAAUUCUGAGUAAUCUAAUGUUCUUAUGAUUUGAAGGUGACUAUCACCCUAUUUUGUACUAAAGUUUGUUAAUUCAAGAAUGCAUGCUAUAUUUUCAUUCAUAUAUAUAUUCAUUAAUAAUAAUUUUGAGCACUU